CCCGAACGCCCGCAAGGGGCGGGACCUGAGUGAGUUCGUGGGCGGGGCCUCGCAUCAACUUCAAGCCUGUUGCUGGUGGAAGCCGAGCCGGGAACAAGGGAGGAACCUGUAGGCCGCGGUGCGGAGAACCCACCGAAGGACCUAAGAAUCUGGAACAGUCCACCCGAGAUUCCUUCCAGGACUGCCGGCGGCCUCGCGCAGCCAGCCCGGGAUUUGCAGCCGACCUUCUUUCCGGGUGGAAGGACGGCCUUUGUCCCAGUAACGCAGGAGUCGCCCCCCACCCCCAACCAGCUCGCGUUCCUGGGUCGGGGCAGCGCAGGACAGGGCAAUAAGCCUGUGCGCGCAAUCCGCCUCGCCGCCCUUGCUCCGAAGCACUCCAGCCAUGAAGCUCAACUUUUCUCUACGGCUGAGAGUUUUCAAUCUCAACUGCUGGGACAUCCCCUACCUGAGCAAACAUAGGGCGGACCGCAUGAAGCGCUUGGGAGACUUUCUGAACUUGGAAAACUUUGAUCUGGCUCUCCUGGAGGAGGUGUGGAGUGAGCAGGACUUCCAGUACCUAAGGCAAAGGCUAUCGCUCACCUAUCCAGAUGCACACUACUUCAGAAGGUGAAAAGCCUGUGUUCUCAGCCUGUUCUCAGACGAGGAAGCUCUCCAACAUUCUUGCUUGCACCCUCGAUCUUCUUCCUCUGGGUGUGAGAAGAGCAGGCCGUCACCCUCAUCUUGCAAGGGCUGCUGUCUUAGGCUUUGUUCUGGGGUUGAUCUUAGCAGUAGAGCUGGGAGACCGCGGAGGGGAAGAGGGCUGGCUGGGUACUCCCCUCCUUGCUCUUCUGGUUAUUAAGCAAGAGUUGGUUUUCAGCGGGAUGAUAGGCAGUGGCCUCUGUGUGUUCUCCAAACACCCAAUCCAGGAAAUCUUCCAGCAUGUCUACAGUCUGAAUGGUUACCCCUACAUGUUCCAUCAUGGAGACUGGUUCUGUGGGAAGUCUGUGGGGCUGCUGGUGCUCCGUCUAAGUGGACUGGUGCUCAAUGCCUACGUGACUCAUCUACAUGCUGAGUACAGCCGACAGAAGGACAUCUACUUUGCACACCGUGUGGCCCAAGCUUGGGAACUGGCCCAGUUCAUCCAGUGUCCACACAUCCAAGAAUGCAGAUGUGGUUCUAUUGUGUGGAGACCUCAAUAUGCACCCCAAAGACCUGGGCUGCUGCCUGCUGAAAGAGUGGACAGGGCUCCAUGAUGCUUUCGUUGAGACUGAGGACUUUAAGGGCUCUGAUGAUGGCUGUACCAUGGUACCCAAGAACUGCUACGUCAGCCAGCAGGACCUGGGACCGUUUCCGUCUGGUAUCCGGAUUGAUUACGUGCUUUACAAGGCAGUCUCUGAGUUCCACGUCUGCUGUGAGACUCUGAAAACCACUACAGGCUGUGACCCUCACAGUGACAAGCCCUUCUCUGAUCACGAGGCCCUCAUGGCUACUUUGUAUGUGAAGCACAGCCCCCCUCAGGAAGACCCCUGUACUGCCUGUGGCCCACUGGAAAGGUCCGAUUUGAUCAGCGUGCUAAGGGAGGCCAGGACAGAGCUGGGGCUAGGCAUAGCUAAAGCUCGCUGGUGGGCUGCAUUCUCUGGCUAUGUGAUCGUUUGGGGGCUGUCCCUUCUGGUGUUGCUGUGUGUCCUGGCUGCAGGAGAAGAGGCCAGGGAAGUGGCCAUCAUCCUCUGCAUACCCAGUGUGGGUCUGGUGCUGGUAGCAGGUGCAGUCUACCUCUUCCACAAGCAGGAGGCCAAGGGCUUAUGUCGGGCCCAGGCUGAGAUGCUGCACGUUCUGACAAGGGAAACGGAGACCCAGGACCGAGGCUCAGAGCCUCACCUAGCCUACUGCUUGCAGCAGGAGGGGGACAGAGCUUAAGAGCUUAACAAUAAAACUUGCUUGACACACUCUA